CUCGGCCGGGGCUGCGCGGGGGCGGGCGCUGCGCGGUGCUGCGGGCGCAGCCCUGAGCGCCCGGCGCGGCUCCGAGCGGCUCCGGGGGGCGGCGGCCGCGCCCCCGGCACCGAGACAAAGCCGGCAGCGAGCGCUGGAGGCGAGCGGCGGGGAACGGCCCCGCUGCGCACCCGCGGGAGGAACCAAGCAUGGAGCAGGCUGGGUGCUGUGCCAUGGCCAUCCCUGGGGAGCAACCGGACAGAUGUCUCCUUCCAGAAAGCAGAAGCAAACUCUAUUUCCUGAAGUCCGAGACUGGCCACAAAGAGAGAGGCGCUGCUGAAAUGGGGAACAGAAAUCCUCCCUCCUCCUCAAGAGACCAGCUCCUGUCACUGCUUCUCCAUCAGCCCUCCAGGAGAGCCAGUCCCUUGUCCUGGUGCUUUACCUGGAAGAGGAGAGGAGCAGUGUUGAUGUGCUGGGGCUGACACUGGAGAAUUGGGUGGCAGGCACUGGGAGCCCAUGGAUGCCCACAUGCCCAGGUGCUAAUAUUAAAAAGGCUGCGACGGGAGCUGAGCUGACUUCGCUGGCGGCCCCUCCCCACCCUGCAGCAAGGCUGUAGCUGAAAGCGCUGCCCGGGACCAUGGGGAGCAGCAAAAGCAAGCCCAAAGACCCCAACCAGCGCCGGCGCAGCCUUGAGCCCACUGACAACGCCCACCACGGGGGCUACCCAGCCUCACAGACACCCAGCAAGGCGGCUGCUCCCGAUGCCCAUCGCACCCCCAGCCGCAACUUCGGGCCCAUGGCUCCUGAGUCCAAACUCUUCGGAGGCUUCAACAGCUCUGACAUUGUCACCUCGCCGCAGCGUGCCGGGGCGCUGGCUGGGGGAGUCACCACCUUCGUGGCCCUCUAUGACUACGAGUCCCGGACUGAAACAGACUUGUCCUUUAAGAAAGGAGAACGCCUGCAAAUCGUCAACAACACGAGAAAAGUGGACGUCAGGGAAGGUGACUGGUGGCUGGCUCAUUCCCUCACUACAGGACAGACGGGCUACAUCCCCAGUAACUAUGUCGCGCCCUCAGACUCCAUCCAGGCUGAAGAGUGGUAUUUUGGGAAGAUCACUCGCCGGGAGUCUGAGCGGCUGCUGCUCAACCCCGAAAACCCCCGAGGGACCUUCCUGGUCCGGGAGAGUGAGACUACAAAAGGUGCCUACUGCCUCUCCGUCUCUGACUUCGACAACGCCAAGGGGCUCAACGUGAAGCACUACAAGAUCCGCAAGUUGGACAGUGGCGGCUUCUACAUCACCUCCCGCACCCAGUUCAACAGCCUGCAGCAGCUGGUGGCCUAUUACUCCAAACACGCUGAUGGCUUGUGCCACCGACUCACCAACGUCUGCCCUACAUCCAAGCCCCAGACCCAAGGCCUUGCCAAGGAUGCCUGGGAAAUCCCCCGGGAAUCACUGCGGCUGGAGGUCAAGCUGGGACAGGGCUGCUUCGGAGAGGUGUGGAUGGGGACCUGGAACGGCACCACCCGGGUGGCAAUCAAGACGUUGAAGCCCGGCACCAUGUCCCCGGAGGCCUUCUUGCAAGAAGCCCAGGUCAUGAAGAAGCUCCGACACGAGAAGCUGGUUCAGCUCUACGCCGUGGUUUCGGAGGAGCCCAUUUAUAUUGUCACUGAGUACAUGAGCAAGGGAAGCCUCCUGGACUUCCUGAAGGGUGAGAUGGGCAAGUACCUGCGGCUGCCCCAGCUCGUGGAUAUGGCUGCUCAGAUCGCGUCUGGCAUGGCCUAUGUGGAGAGGAUGAACUACGUUCACAGGGACCUCCGAGCGGCCAACAUCCUCGUCGGGGAGAACCUGGUGUGCAAAGUAGCUGACUUCGGCUUGGCGCGCCUCAUCGAGGACAACGAGUACACUGCUCGGCAAGGUGCGAAGUUCCCCAUCAAGUGGACGGCCCCUGAAGCUGCUCUGUACGGCAGGUUCACCAUCAAGUCAGACGUCUGGUCCUUCGGCAUCCUCUUGACCGAGCUGACCACCAAGGGCAGAGUACCAUACCCAGGGAUGGUGAACCGGGAGGUGCUGGACCAGGUGGAGCGAGGGUACCGCAUGCCCUGCCCACCCGAGUGCCCCGAGUCCCUGCACGACCUCAUGUGCCAGUGCUGGCGGAAGGACCCGGAGGAGCGACCCACCUUCGAGUACCUGCAGGCUUUCCUGGAGGACUACUUCACCUCGACAGAGCCUCAGUACCAGCCCGGCGAGAACCUAUAGACCCAGAGCUCCUCCGGGCACCAGGGACGCUGCUGUCCUUGCUGCAGGGCACUGAGGUCUGGCCUCUCCGCCACGGGGCCGGUUUUGGCAGAGCAGCCCUGGAGUGGGAUGGGGCAUCGCCUCCGGAUGCGGCCAGGGGAGGUGCUGGGCUCCCCCGUCACUCAUUAAGACUUCUGGCCCAUGUUUAACGAAGCAGUGUCGUUCCGCUGGCGAGAGGAGCCUGCGGGCAUUGGUGGAGCCAGCUUGGGAAGUCAAGCGGAGCAUCUCAUGCCGAGAGACUUGGCUUUUGGGAGAUCUUUCACCCCCAGCAGCUCUGGGGUGAGCCCAGAGGAAUUGGGAGGCAGCACCCCCCACCUCAGACAUGCAGCCCUGGCCUCCUGCACACCCUAAAUCAGCACAAAUUUCCCUGCCCCUACAUCCUUCCCACCAUCCCCACCUUGGCUCCGGUUUUACCGAGGGUGCUGGCAGAGACGUUUCACACGGGGAAGGCACAAGCCCUGGCUGGUUCAGGUGGGAUGAUGUGCCGGGGCAGUGGUGGCAGUGGGAUGCUGGCAGUCCCCCUUCCUCAGGCGUCCCUCCAGCCUCGCUGCAGCAGGGCUCUGCGGCUGAGCUGCACUAGCGGGUACUGGGAGCAUGAAAUACAGCUGUGUGUGUGGCUCUGGUUCCCGUCACUAUCCCCUGGGAGCAAACCAGGUGCACAUUCAAGUCUUCCAGCUGCAUCUGUCCCCCAAAGGGACCCAUCUCAUCUCUCCUGGGAGCAGUGCCGAGCCCUGCCCUCGGCCAGCCCUGCCACCCUGCCUGGGCUUUCUUCCACUCGACACUCCUGGUCUUCCAGUGCAGCACAGCCCCCCCGGGUCCCUCCCCAUCCUCACUGCCGGCUCUCCCACCGGCACAGUCUGUCAGGCUGGCCCUGUCACCAACCCCGAUGCUGCCAUGGGGCUCGGGUGCAUGGUGAGGGCAGCUGUUUUGAAGGAGAUAUUCACCUUUUGUCCACCCGGUACCUUUUUAGCUGCCUUCCCCCUAUCCCUUGUGUCUCACCAUGCAGUCCCCAUGCAGCGGAGGCAUCCCCAGCCAUGGGCCACCAUUCCAGAGGAGAGUCCCAGGAAGCGCUGUGCCACACACGAGACGUUUGCAUCCUCAUCUCCCCCACUGCUCACACCCAGAGGCCUCAGCCCUGUUUCGGCAGUGGGCAGCUACCCUCGCCUAGUGUCACCCCCCCAAAAUACAGGGCUGAAUCCCGAGGCUGGUGGGGCAGCACCCAGCCCCUCCCUUGUACAUAGCCCUCGAGCAGCCCCCACACCCUCCGAAACAUUGACUUCGUUGCAUGUGUUGGUUUUUUACCCACCCUCUUGCAGCUGUACCCAGCUGGAAAACCUUUGCUGUGGUGGCUCGUGAGGCUUCAUCCCCUCUUUUCUCAUGUCUUGGUCACCCUUGAUGCCCCUCACUUAGAAAGACCCGGGAGCUCUUUGAGGCCUCUUCUAGACCAGGGGUGGGGGCUGGAGGGGAUGAUAUGGGGUGCUGGACCCAGUGAGGGGAACCAGCAGCUUCACCCACCCCUGGGCCCUCAGACAGUGGGGGGUCUUGCCUCCCCAUGGCUCGUGGGAUGGGGUUUCCCUCCGGCACAGCCUCCUUGCAGGUAGCAGACCCAAAGCACCUCUCGCCACCCCACUGUGGUGCUGGUGUCCCGUGGAAGCCAGGCAGGAGCUGAAUGUGGGCACAGGGGCGGCCAAAACCCCCUCCCCAACCCCUGGCAGAGCAGGGUCCAGGCAUUCUGCUGCCUCCUUCUUGCUUCUGCAGCUCCCCAGCCACUUAUUUAUGAACCGAGUGCUUGCUUGGUUGGUUGGUGGCUCCUUUUUAAUGUUUAAAACCUUCAAAAUCAGCUUGGACGGGCUCUUCGGUGAAUGGAGAGGUUCUGCCUUUGCUGGCUUGGAGAACAGUGACUGGUUUAAUGGAUUUUUUUGAUCAUUUUGGGACUCGGAGCCUUUCCUUCUCUCUUUCCUACCGGAUUUGUUGUGCCUGCAUUUGAACAGGUGCUCUCCAAACCUCGAUGUUCUGGGUCUUUCCAUGUUUGCAUCCCUGGGGUAAGCGGCUGCUGCAUCCCUGACAGGAAGCAGAGAAGCCCUGUCCCGUGGCCGCCGGUCCAAGGGGGACCUGUGCCAUAGCUCUGCCGGAUUGUACAAGAUCCCCAUCCCUGGGAGAAACCUCUUAAAACCAUCACAUGUGGAAGCCAGAUUUGAUCUGAAAGCUGGGGAGAGAGAAGACAAGAGCACAUGUUAAGAUGUGACCUUUGGGCACCUGCAGCACAUACAGGGUCUUGCGCAGCGGGACAGGAAUGGGAUUAACCCAGUGGUUUCAUCUUCUGGCUCUUCCUGACAAGCGGCAAAGCAGGAAUGCACCCUCGGUGGGAGGAACAUCCUGGGCUGGCUUAAUUCCUCUGGCUUUUGGGAAGCUCUGACAAAGAAGACAGUAAAGCAAUUGUGGAGAAGACCCCCUGCACACAGAUAGACAGUCUAUGUGUCCAUGUGUCCAUCCGUGUAUCCAUGCAAGCGGUUCCAGUGGGACCCAGCAUCUCCAGCCUCGCCACUGCAGCCCUCACGACUCGGAGACCCUGGGGACCGAGCGCCUUUCCUCCAUCACCAUUGUCACCUGCCAAGUUAUUUUUUAAGCCAAUGAACUCCAGAGGGGAACCCACACCUCAGGAUGCUCCCUGGCUUCCUGGGAUCAAUAACGCCUACAAGUUAUUCUCCUCUGCUGUUCUCAUCUUUUUUUUAAACAGUGUUUUGUAAGAUCUCCAACUGACUAUGCAGAGAACAUGUGGAUCUGUGUCUCUCGCCCCAGCUCCCCUGUCCCCUCACCUGCCUUUUUCGGUGUCUAAGUCAAAUAUUUAGCCUUUUUUUUUUUUAAUAAUAAAACUUCGGAAAAAAAAACCUGAAAAGGUCCAGCUUUGUGGGUGGUGGGGGGCGGAGAUGCUUUGAAACGCUAAUGUUGAUGUAAAUACUUUGCAAUUUGAUAAUUAAAUACAAACAGA